CUCAGCCUCCGCCGCUUCUCUCUCUCUCUCUCCAGAUCUGAUAAUAGAUCUUGCUCAACUCACCUCUCGUACUUUCUUUUUAAUCUCAGGUAAGAUGACGCCAAUGGUCCGGAGAAUGGCUGCUUUCGCAUUGGCUUCUGCCUCAGCUUUGUUCCAGACUCAUCCCCUUGGGAGAGGUACUCUGAACAGCUUCUUGCUUUGCUCCUCUGUCUUAAGUUGUCGGAGAUACAGUAUGUCUUUCAGAGACAGAUUGAGAUGUGGGUUUCAUGAUCGUCAUGCUGAGGAUGCUAUUGAUUUGUUCGAUCAGAUGGUUCAGUCUCAUCCCUUGCCUUCCAUCUUUUAUUUUUAUAAACUAUUGAGUGCAGUCAUGAAGAUGAAACGGUAUGAUGUUGUCAUUUCCCUAGGCAAGAGAAUGGAAUUGCUUGGGGUUUCACAUAGUAUCUGCUCGUUUACUGUUCAGAUCAAUUGUUUCUGCCACUCUCAUCAAGUGGUUCUGGGCUUAUCUGUUGUGGGAAAAAUCUCGAAACUUGGUUGUGAGCGUACUGUAGUCACCUACAAUACCCUAGCUCACGGGUCCUAGCUCACGGGUUCUGUAUUCAGGGCAAGAUUCCGCAGCGUUAGACUUGAUUGACCAAAUGGUAAAAGAAGGAUGCAAACCUAAUGUUGUAACAUUUAACACUUUGGUCAAUGCACUUUGCAUUGCGGGUAGAGUUUCUGAAGCAUUGAGCUUAUUUGAUCAGAUGCGAAAGAUGGAUUGUCAGCCCAAUACAGUUACAUUUGGCAUUGUUAUAAAUUGGGUCUGUAAGGUAGGGGAUUAUGCGUUGGCCAUGAAUAUCCUCAUGAAGAUGGAGGAAAUGCAUAUUGAGAUCAAUAUCGUAAUUUAUAAUAUGAUUAUUGAUUUUUUUUUGCAAAGCUGGAUACAUGGACGAUGCACUGAAUCUUUUUCGAAAGAUGGAUAAUGUCGGGAUUACACCAAAUGUUGUUACAUACAACACUUUGAUAAACGGUCUUUCCAGAUUUGGUAGAUGGGAUGAUGUUGACCGAUUGUUGAAUGAGAUGGUGAAAAGGAAAGUCAACCCUAAUGUUACCACUUUCAAUGGAUUAAUCGAUGCACUCGUUGACAAGGGGAAGUUUCUGGUGGCUGAAAAAUUGUACGAGGAGAUGAUCCAGAGAGGUUUAGCUCCGGAUAUGAUUACUUAUACUUCAUUGAUCAAUGCUUUUUGCCGGCAGAAUCGUCUUGAUGAGGCAGAACAAAUGUUUAAUUCUAUGAUCACCAAGGGAUGCUUUCCAGAUGUAGUGAUGUUUAAUUCCAUGAUAAAUGGUUAUUGCAAAGCUAAUAGGGUCGAUAAGGGUAUGAAACUCUUUUAUGAGAUGUCUCGAAGAGGAUUGGUUGUGGAUUCAAUUACUUACACCAUCCUCAUCCAAGGUUUUUAUCAAGUAGGCAAUCUUGAUGUUGCCCAAAAGCUUUUACGGGAGAUGCAGUAUAAAGGUCACCAUUCAGUGUUGUAACUUACACCAUUUUGCUUGAUGGUCUUUGUAAGAAUGGAAAAAUGGAAAAGGCACUUGGCCUAUAUAAGAAGCUGGAAAAGAGUGGGAUUGACCUCCAUGUAUCUUCUCAUUGUGCCAUGAUACAUGGAUUAUGCAAAGAUGGAAGGGUUGAUGAGGCAUUGCUGGUAUUUAAUAAGCUUUUUGAUAAAAGGAUGAAGCCAAAUUUUAUCACUUGUAAUAUAAUGAUCUCCGCACUCCGCGGAAAAGAUUCUCUCUAUGAAGUCGAAAAGGUAAUUGGGAAGAUGAAAGAGGCUGGUUGCUAUGGAGGGCCAGAAGAAGGAGAUAGUCGAAGUAUCCAACGAGGAAUGUUAAUCGGCUUGCUUCCCAGUGCGCUUUAUU